GUGAACACCGCCGACGUGCUCGCGCAGGUGUGGCUGUGGAGCUCGUGCCCGCCAGCUCUUCCCUUCCCCCUCCCAACCGAGCGGCGCGCUCGCGUGAAGCCUUGCAUCGGAGAACACGGACGGAGCGGCGGCCGAUGCCACAAACGCCGAGUGACUGCACUCCAGCGAGCACAUUCAACUGCCUCGACACGAACCGCAGGGAUGGCAGCCAUCCGUAAGAAGCUGGUGAUAGUUGGGGAUGGAGCCUGUGGGAAGACCUGCCUUCUAAUCGUCUUCAGCAAAGACCAGUUCCCGGAGGUGUACGUCCCCACUGUGUUUGAGAACUAUGUGGCUGACAUUGAAGUGGAUAGCAAACAGGUGGAGUUGGCUCUGUGGGACACAGCUGGUCAGGAGGACUACGACAGGCUCAGACCGCUCUCUUAUCCAGACACUGAUGUCAUUCUAAUGUGCUUUUCCAUUGACAGCCCUGACAGCUUGGAAAACAUUCCAGAGAAGUGGACACCCGAGGUGAAACAUUUCUGUCCCAAUGUUCCGAUAAUCCUGGUCGGAAACAAGAAAGACCUGCGUAAUGAUGAGCACACACGCCGGGAGCUGGCCAAGAUGAAGCAGGAGCCCGUUAAGUCUGAGGAGGGCAGGGAAAUGGCCGGCCGGAUUGCGGCGUUUGGCUACAUGGAAUGCUCUGCAAAGACCAAGGACGGCGUGCGGGAGGUGUUCGAAAUGGCCACGAGAGCGGCCCUCCAGGCUCGCCGCGGAAAGAAGAGCAAUAAAUGUGUACUGCUGUAACAUGGCAGUUAUUUUGGACUUUUUGCACCUGGCCUAUUGUACUUGUGGCCAGGGCGCGGGAGGGGUAGAAGAAUUAGUAGAUGGCAGAUAGAUGGGAGGGAGGGCAGAAAAAGACUACAGUUAAUGGCAACUGCUAUAAAAUGGCUGUUUGUCGGACUGAAUUCACCCGGGGACUUUUGUUCGGGACGCGUCGAAGAGAGAUUGGAUGUGGGCAAAUACCGACAAUAACCCCCCAAGACUGAAAGUAAUCAAGAGAUCCUGGCCCUUUCUCAAAAUGUAACCAUCCGUGAUCAUUUGUGGUGGAUGUUCCGCUGACUGUUAUAUUGGGAUGGCAACGUUGGGUUGAUGGGUCAUUUCACAGCUCGUACUGUUAAUAAAGGUUGCCAGUAGGAUAUUUAACCAAGAUUGUGCAGUUUUGCCCUGUGGUGAGGCUGUGUGCACUAAGUUCAAAUUCUCAAUUUGGAUAAAACUUAGCUGUGUGGAGUAGGUCCUACAUUUCUAACACAACAACAUGAAGACUGAUGUGUUUAAAUGUUUGUUUUAUGUUUUACCCACGUGCACCCACCCCCGUCCCUUCCCCCUCAACUUCAGAUGCGAGGGUCUUACAUGUGCAGCCUCAAGCCAGGAGGUCUGUCUGAGGCUAAUCCUGUGUUUACAGACUCAGCCUGUACGUGCACUGAGCUCUCACCUCACUGGCACUGCGCUAAUAUUGUGUUGUUGCAAUUGACAGUCUGUUGCCCCCGUUACCAUUCUUAAGUACCUGUAGGUUAAAAAAGGCAAUCAUGACUCUUAACACCCACCACCAACAAGUAAUGAUAUCAUGGGUUCUAAAAAUGACAAAAAUCAUUAAAGGGGGUUCCCAGUUGAAGCAUUUGCGAUCCGCCCAAAUCUUUUUGUCACCUCCCCUACCCUCCCCCACACUCUUGACUGCUGGUGCUUAUCUUCUCCUGGUUGUAGACCAGGACAGAGAAUAAGGAAAGGAAGGAUUAUGUUUACAAGUACACCACCACUGAUCUGUGGAUCCAGGAGGAACACAUUAUGAUUUUUUUUUUUACUUGGGGGCAGGAGCGUAGGCUUAUAAAACUGAAUCUGAAGCCCCUUUUACACAGCCUAUUGAAUCCAGGAUUUCUAGGCUUUUAUUUUCCCAGGGUUUGCUAUAUAAGUGGUAGACACGGAAUGGAGUGUUAAGGGGGGUGGACAUGUUUACCCUUCCCAAUAUUCUGCCUCCAGAUUUCAUAACCAAGGCGGGACAACGCUACAGAGUGUUGGUAGGACAGAGCUUGUGUAGUUUCGCAUUCUACACUCUUUUUUUUUUUUUUUUUUUCCGCCAUAUUUUGUUGAAAGCAAUUGCUACAGUAAGGUAUUUCCCAUACGUCAGAUGAGAUGUCGUUACAAAGCAAUUGUUUGACUCCCAUACCUGUUAAAGCUCAGAUGCGGCUAUUUGGAGCCCUUUGUGUUAAAGAAGCUUCGAAGGGCUCCUAUGAGCAACCACAGCUACUCUUAAUUUAAUCUGCCUUAUUUUUCAAGUUUUGGUACCUGCCAACCCACAAAAUUGCAUGUAACCAACCCAAAUGGCAGCCGUUUUUGGGGAAACAGCAAAUAUUGUUGUUCAGUGCUAUCUUGGAAAAUUCAAAUAUACCACCUGUUUAAUUGUUUGGUUUUAAUACUAUUGGAUUAAAAUGCCGAUGGUGCCCUGUCAGUUUUUGCUCAAAAUAGUCGAACCCUCUCGGUCCUCUUCCUGGUCUACAGGGAGGAGUUUGCUCCAGAAACCUACUCUUGUAUUGUAGAAUUACAUUUUAUCUCCUGCUUUUAAAUGAAUAAUGUAUGUUGACCGUCAGUAUUUAAAAAAUGAAAAAAAGCAAAACGAGCAGACUGCCAUUUUCCCUUGCUUUACCUGACCUUACUAAUGGUGGUUAAAACCCUGUCAAUUAGUCCCACCAAAUGAUAUUGUUAGGCAGUCGUGAGAGAGGCCUGAUUAUUGCUGUUUGUUUUCAAACACCAAAAUAAAAUUCAAGAGAAGAAAACUGCCUCCUUGUUAUGUACGAAUUGUUUUUUUUUUUUUCAUAUUUUGAUGAAUGUUUAAAUCUUAAAUUUUGGAUGCUGAAGUCAGAACAGGUAAACCAAGCUGUAUGAAAUGUCUAAAUAUGAAUUAUGGCUUUGUUGAUACCAGACUAUACACAUGCACAGGACUGGAAACGUAUUUGUAAAACGAGCUUUUGUUUGUGCAAUAAAUUACUUUCUAUAACACCCAA